UCAGUAAUAUUGUGCGUCAAGAGUGAUUUCCCUUACCGGCGUUUCGGAUCUAGAAAUUUCUAUAAUUUAUUAAGGUAUAUUUAAAAACGAUAGCAGAUAAACAACUUCUGUAUAUUCAGAGAUGACCGAAGAAAGUACACAGGUUCAAGAAGCAAUGGCAACUGAAGAGAUAAUAAAUCCACGUGUGUUUUUCGACAUUGAAAUUGCCGGUGAUAAAGUGGGUAGAAUUGUGUUUGAGCUUUUCAAAGAUGUUGUUCCUAAGACUGUUGAGAACUUCCGAGCUCUGUGUACCGGAGAGAAGGGCAUCGGUCAGAGUGGCAAACCACUGCAUUAUAAGGGAAGCAUUUUCCACAGAAUCAUUAAGGACUUCAUGAUCCAGGGAGGUGAUUUUACUAACAGUGAUGGAACUGGAGGUGAAAGCAUCUAUGGGGAAAAGUUUGAAGAUGAAGCUUUUACAUAUAAGCAUGACCAGCCUGGGUUGCUGAGUAUGGCGAACGCGGGAGUCAACACAAACGGUUCCCAGUUUUUCAUCACGACAGUGGACACACCACACUUGGAUAACAAGCAUGUGGUGUUUGGGAAGGUGCUCAAGGGAAUGCCAAUAGUCAGAAUGCUGGAGGAUGUAGAGAAAGAGAAAGAGAAACCAGUGAAGGUUUGUCGUAUUGUGGACUGUGGUGAGCUGGCUCCAGGGCAAGACGAUGGAUACAACACGGAUGAUGGAACAGGAGAUAAGUAUGCAGACUGGCCUGAAGACUCUGGGGUGAAGUUUGAUACGGAAGAAGAUACAAUCAAAGUAAUAGCCAUAGUUGGAGAAAUUAAAGAUAUUGGAAAUAAGCUCUAUAAAGAAAAGAGUUAUGAAAAGGCCAAGCAGAAAUACACAAAGGCAAUGAGAUAUAUAGAAAAGCUUGAAGAUGAUGCUGAUCUGACUGAUGAGCAGGAAAAGGAACUCAAGGAGAAGCACAAACUCUCCAUCCAUCUAAACAUAGCUGCAUGUAAGCUGCCAUUGAAAGACUAUGAGGGAACAGUAGAAGAUUGUGAUAAGGCACUGGAUAUAGCACCUGGUAAUAUCAAAGCCUUGUUCCGGAAAGGUCAGGCACAAGUUUAUCUCAAGGCAUGGGAGAAGGCUCAGGAUACAUUGACUAAAGCGGCCAACUUAGAUCCAGAAGAUAAAGUGAUACAGAAAGAGCUUGUCAAGGUGAAAGCUGCCAUGGAACAGGAGAAGAAGAAAGAGAAGCAGAUGUACCAACGCAUGUUUGCAGCAUCAUGACCAGAACCUCACUCAUUUACCCAAAACUGCUCACAUCUUUCGUAAAAUGGUCAUCUGUCUCACACACUUGCAUUUUGGUUAUUGAUCAUUUUUUGAGUAGAUUAGACCAUAUUUGAUAUAUGAAACAAAUGCUUGCAUCAAACACUCGCAUUUUUGUAAUUGAUAAAAAAAUUACUGCUUUGAGUACAAUCAUUUACAUUUGAUUGUCAUUAAAUAUAAAAUGUUUUAAUCAAAAUUAUGUAACAGUUCUUGCACAUCUGCUUUUUUGUAAUUGAUGAACGUUUUUUCUCCUGUGUCUACAUGUAAACUCGUUGUAUUAUUUGUAAACAAAAAAUGUUGAGUUAAUUAUCCCAUUACCGGUAAAUCUGUUGUCAUGCCUAUUUUGUUUUUUGUUUUUUACUGUCAGUCUCACUGUCGCCCGAAUCCUAAGAGCUCAGUUUAAUGCAUUCCAUAUUUAGGUCAUGAAUUGCAUGUUCCUUUAAGCAUGUACAAAGAUUGUAUGAACAUGUAUAAACAUCAUUUUUGUUUGUUUUUGACAUCGCAUUCACAUUGUUUCACCGAUUGUUUAUGUGCCCUUGUUUGAGUAAUUCAGUAGCUUUUGUAUAGAUGAGUAUCUUGCCCAAUAAGUCUUUACAUCAUUUGCUGUAACAUGUUGGGGAUGAAAUGAAUUGUGUAGUGAAAAUAAAUUGAUACGGAUG